CUCUUGCCACUGCUGCUCCUUAUAAUGAAGGCGACACAGGAGCCCCAUUGUUCUGGGAUAGUCUUUGGCUUGCUGCGGGCUGAUCGGUCUUGGCUUUAGCCAGCCACUGAGGCUGGCAUCUCCUGGUACCCUCCGCUGAGUCUGAGUCUCGUCUGGCUUUCUGGGACAAUAUUUGCCGGAGGAAGAAGAAGCAACGAUUCCACAUGGGAUUCUAGGCUCACCCCUUCCCCUCAAACACAGUUUGGCAAACUCGAUGCUGGGACCAUCAUCAGGCAAGAUCACCAGUAAGACACUCCUGCAAGGUGGAACCCAGAAGAACCUUUAUUCUGAGGAUAUUCUGCUUUGGCGCCCAACUCCACUCCAGAUCAUCUGACUCUUCUUGAGUGAACCAAAGUUUCCCUGAGUCUACAUUUUGCUUAUUUUGAAAGGAAGGCCUGCUCGGGUCUUCUGAAAUCAGCAACAUGACAUACUUCUACAGGACUCUUGCAGUCUUCUGGGUCCUGAUUGAAGGGGUCCUGGCAGGACCAUGGAGCGCCUGGAUGCCUGAGCACAUCAGUGCCUUUGAAGGCACCUGCGUUGUCAUCCCAUGUCGCUUCAACUACCCUGAUGAACUACGGCCCUCGGCGGUGCAUGGCAUCUGGUAUUUCAACAGUCCGUAUCCCAAGAACUAUCCCCCGGUGGUCUUCAAAUCUCGCACCAACAUUGUCCACGAGAGCUACGUUGGACGCAGCCGUUUGCUAGGAGAGCUGAAUUUCCGCAACUGCACCCUGCAGCUCUCCCGCCUUAGUCCCGAACUCACAGGCAAAUACUACUUCCGUGGAGACCUGGGCGGCUACAAUCAGUACACCUACCCUGAACAUUGCAACCUCGAGGUCAUCAACAAACCCACCAUCGUGAGCCCCCCAGAAGUGGUGGAAGGAACGGAAGUGGAGCUGCGAUGUGUGGUGCCCGACAACUGCCCUGACAUGAAGCCCAUUAUUACAUGGAUGAACUAUGAGACACUGGCUGAGCGCUCUGUCUAUGCGCAAGUGGAAGAGGAGGGCAGCACGUGGUCGCUCAUCUCCCUGCUCAAGUUCAUGCCACAACGAGAAAACCAUGGGCGAGAGUUGGGCUGCAAAGUCACCUACGCCAACACCACUUUUGAGUUUGAUGGCUACACCACCUUGGAUGUCAAAUUCCCACCCCGUAUUGUGCAGGCAAACUCCUCUAUGGACGUAAUCCAUGGCUCAGACGUGGUGCUGAUAUGUUCUGUAGACAGCAGCCCUAUGGCUCUGAUCACAUGGCUCAGAGAAGAUGAAAUCCUUCAUGAGGAUGUGGCUGGGAACCUCACGCUGCACCUAGAAAAUGUCACUUACCUCCAGGAUGGCAUCUACACUUGUAUGGCUGAGAACAUCUAUGGCAAAGACAACCAUUCCCUGGCUUUGGCUGUGCUAUAUGCCCCUUGGAAGCCAGUUGUGAACACAUCCGUGGUGGCGGUUGAAGGAGACCCUGUAAGCAUCCUGUGCAGCUCGCAGAGCAACCCUGAGCCCACCAUCACCAUCUUCAAGGAGAAGAAGGCCAUGGCCAUGGGAGUCUACCAGAACCAGGUGGCCUUGGAGUUUGAGUCAGUGACUCAUGAGGAUGAUGGGGAAUACUGGUGCACAGCAGAGAACCAGUUCGGUCAGCGCAGCACAGCCUUCAACCUCACCAUUGAAUUUGCUCCCAUUAUCCUGCCAGAUUCCAAGUGCACAGCUGCUCGGGACACAGUGAAGUGCAUCUGUGCGGCCAAAUCCAACCCGGAGGCCGUGAUCACUUUUGAGCUGCCUACGCGUAAUGUGACGGUGAACGAGACGGACCGGGAGUUUGUGUACUCACAGAAAACAGGCUAUGUUGUCACCAGCAUCCUCACUGUUCAGAGGGAGGUGGACUCCCAGCUGUUCAUCGUCUGCUCUGCCAGGAACCACUACGGCACCAAGAAUCAACAACUGCAAUUCCAUCACUCCAAUAGUCUGAUGUGGGCAAAAGUAGGACCUGUUGGAGCCGUGGUCGCCUUUGCCAUCCUCAUAGCUGUGGUGUGUUACGUCAGCCAGACCAGGAAAAAGAAAAACACAAACGAAAGCUCCAGCUUUAUGCAAACAGACAACCCCCCUGCCGUCUUCAGUGGAGACUACAGGGGUCCAGGCAAUCUGGAGAAAUCAGAGUACGGGCGCAGUGAUAAACGAUUCUUGGCCAAGCGCGACGACCUGGGCAUCGAUUACGCCAACAUAGACUUCACCAAACUGUCCACCAAGGACAAAUACACCCUGACGGAAGAGCUAGCUGAAUACGCUGAGAUCCGAGUCAAGUGAGGCCUUUUCCCACCACGACUACGGCGGCUCCCACGGAUCUCUCCCAUUGGAACUAUUCUAGUCUAAUGAACCCUUUAGCUGUGCAUAUUGGCCUGGCGACCCAGUCGGCCAUUGCGUGAGGACUCAGACCCACCAACUGGGCUUGAGGUCCGACGCCCACAUUUACAUUCCAUGUGUUUUCUCUCUCCCCAUCCCAACAUCCUGAAGAUCACUCUCAAUGCAGAAUAAUUUAUCUGUAUUUGCAAAACAUUCUUUGGGCCACCCAAUCAGGAUGGCAAUGAAAUGGUAAAAUGGGGCACCUGUGUGGCAGAUUGAUUUUAUCUAAAGUGUGCCAACUGCAUGCUGUUUGUGAUGUAUGCAGCUGGGAAAGGACUCUAGAUUAUCUCAAUGACAGUGAAUCACCAAUCCAGAAUAAAUACGCUGGUUUUAGGCAUCCACCCCUCCCCACAGUGAAGCUCCAUGAAGGGAUCACCUUUGCGUGUGCAUGUGUGAAUGAAUCAGAUCCCCCGCUUGUACUUAUGAGUCUGUUUAAAGCUUGGAUUACAACACCCAGAAUCCCCAAGUUAGCAUUCCCUAGUUCAGGAGCAACUGAUGCUGAUUAACACAAUUCUAGUCCACAUUCCAGAACCAAGUUUUAAGCUCUGAGAGGCUAAUUCUACCCAAUGCCUUUAAAUUUAAAAAACAAACAAACACGAAGGUGCUUAGAGGGAUGUUGUUACUCAUUUUACCUACAGAGCAACAGUUCCUUUGUAUCCUAUACUUCCGCAAAAGCAUAUAUCAAUCUAGAAAGGUCAUAUCAGAUAAGAAAUAAGUUGGCAGGAGACUGCCAUUGUUAAACACAUUUAGGCACCUUCAAACUAUUCUGAUCAGUCAUCUUAAAUUGGUUUUGAUAGUUCCCACUUCUAUAAAGUGGAUGCCUAAUUUAACGUUGCCUUAGAAUGUCCUUUCUAUUUUGGAAAAAAAGGUUCUCUUGCUUUCUGAACUGCGCCAAAGACUUCCACAAGAGCGAUGUUCCAGGCAUCCCAGGCGUCACCUGCCAAAGCUUUUCAGGCUGCUCUGAAGGGUUAUGCAGCUGGAUAUGGCACAACAGCAUCUAUCUGGUUCUGCUGCCUUCUGGCACGGAAGCAUGUCUUUUUAAGAAGGUAGAUGCACUGGGCAAAGAACCUUCUUUUCCCAUGUUUUCUUUAGCCUUAGUAAAACAGGACUCUAAUCUUGAAGGUGUUAACACCAAAAAGCCUUCUCCCUUCCCUACCAGUAUGUAGUUUCCAAUAUGUAGUCAACAAUACCAUGACCUUCUGGAACAAUGUGAUUGCAUAGUGUGAAAGAGACAUAUGUAAAGUACCUCACCAUUUAGUAAAUUCUCAGGCAAGAUUGGAGGUAUCUAUGAUAUUACCUAAAAUAUACAGAUGCCAAAUUUCAUUUGGUAAUUAAGUAAAGAUUUUAUUAAACCAAACAAAAAGCUAAUGAAGUCACAAGCAAUUGUAAGCAUACUCUGUGAUGUACCGUUCUGGAGAACUCUAAAGCUUGCUUGUUGAUUUCAUUCAUUGUGGUAUUAAGACAUAGAAUUUCUUAUAAACUAGAGUAAAAAAAAUCAGAAAAUAUUAUUUCCUGAUCCUUUUUUGAAAGACAACAAAGCAGUCACAUGGGUGUUGAGGAUCAGUUAUUUUGAAGGAUGGUCACAACCUUUCAAAGCUCAAAGUGUCAGUAUAGUAUGAUCCCCCCAUAGAAUGAAGUAGGUUUAAUCCCUGUGAAAUCCCUUUUUAUGGAAUUUACAUCCAUGUCCAGUGUGUCUUCCAGAAUAUGGGCUUGUUUCUGCUAUAUUCAAGAACGAAUGAGUAACAUCCCAUUCAGAGUAGGGCACAGGCUGAGGAAUAGGACAAAACUGAGAUCUUAUAGGGAGAGAUCAGUCUUUGCUCGGGUAUACAAUAGGGUCACCAGCCUUCUUCCAGUGCUCCUAAUUUAAUGUUUUAACAAUAUCCUGCCAUGAGGAAGAUAUGUCUGGAGCAAGGGUGAGGAAGUAACAGCAGUGUUUUCUUGGGCUCUAGCGCCCAUUGGUCCAAGCUGAAUGGGCCAUGGUUAGGGAUGACGGGCAUUUGAGUCUAAUAAUAUCUGCAAGGCAUCAGCUUCCCCACCAAAGAUAUUGUGGUGGUAAAUAUUUUUGCAACUAUUUUUCAUGUUGUAGGGCAGGGGGAAGAACCUCAGCUGCUGGGUGGACUGGAUACCCUUCCUUCAUGCUCCAGGAACCCACCGAGAAGUAUUAAUAACAUCAGUUUUCUGUUCUACUCUUUAAAAUGGAGGCUCUUUCCCAUCCCAUCUUCAACGCACGUAUCUUUUGUGUCUGUACUGUAUGGAGAAAUAUUGUAUGUUGAUGAUCAUGCAAUUUGCAAAUCACACACACACAAAGAAUAUAUUGUCUCUAAGCUGGAAUUCAUUAAACACACCUCAGGAGGAGUUCUUUCUUGACUUCCCAUCCAGUAGGAUGGAUUUGCAUCAGGGCAACUGGUGUUUGCCAAGAGCAACUGAAUCACUCCGAUUCCCAGCUAUAGCACAUUUUAGGCAGUAUGUACUCUAGCUUUGAAAAGCAAAUCCAAGUUUAACCAGAGAUACACCCAAGAGAACCCCUUUACUCCAUGUUUUAUAAUCAAGCUAAUUCCUCCCAUCACAGCCCCAUUGUCUAACACCAUUAAGCUUUAACAUACGGGACAAAAUUAAGGUAUAUUCUAUUUAUUCUAAGGGUGCUUUUUAAAACAAUGCUGCUUUGUAUUUGAAACAAGUAGAAAGUCUCCAAUCUAAUAAACUCAAUCUAAAUUCUGUUUUUAACAACAGGAAAUGAUCGAAAUCACUUCUUGUUUUAGUAAAAGUUCUCUCCUGGGCCAAAAAUAAACCCAUAUAUUUCCAAUGGGAAAAUUUGGCAGCAAGAACAUUUACAGUAUUUUUUUAAAGAAAAACCAUUUUGAUUCCCAGAGAAAAUACACUUUAUUGGGAACUCCAUGAAUUCCAUAGGCGAUACUUAGCCCACUCCCCAUCUAUUUUUUCCACAAGUUGGUUUUAUUUUUCUCAGAGGAAGCCACUCCUAUUAUAUAUGCUUUGGACAAGAACUGCAACCUUCAGUAAACAUCCAAUAACUGAAGGAUAAGAACAUGUGUCGAUGGACUGAAAAUCCCAUCAGUCUUAGCUAGUAUGACCAAUAGUGAGGCAUUAUGGGAGUUACAGUUCUGCACUAUUGUUUCUAGGUAAACAUUCACAAUCACUGCAAUAAGUUCUACUAAGGCUGAAAUCAAGCAGCAUCAAAAAGAAGAAUACUACAACAAUGGGUUGCUGGGAGUUUUCUGGGCUGUAUGGCCCUGUUCCAGAAGUAUUAUCUCCUGACGUUUUGCCCACAUCUAUGGCAGGCAUCCUCAGAGGUUGUGUGGUCUGUUGGAAACUAGGCAAGUGGUGUUUAUAUAUUGGGCCCUUUAAUUUGAAAGGUCAAUGGAAGAAACAUCGGACUUUGUAUGUAUGCAACUCAUCGCUCUACAACUCACUCUGGAUAUUGCAGUGUUUGCAGUUCCAUCUCAGGUCUCAAGGCAGAGCUCAUCUUUUUGCAAGUCUUCUGUCACUGUCCAUAUUUUGAUACCAAAACAUGAGCUACAGCCACAAAUGUUACUUUUGAAGUUCAAAUUCCUCAACACAGAAAAAUUAUUGCAUAUUAUUAUAUAUAUUUUUCUUUUGAGAAUGAGAACAACUGCAAUGAUAUGGAGACAGAGUAUAGUCUUUUACACACCUUUUGGGAACAGGUUCCACUGAAUUUUGAAUAGACAUCUCUAGGGACUCCAAUAUUCUAAAAUAUAACACAUGGCAUACUAUUCCAUUCAGAUUACAGACAGGAUAACCAAGUAUUCAAAUAAAACCUAGCAUAUGGGAAAAAUAGCAUAAACAGGAAGAGCUCUUCUCAUUUUAUGAGCUUUUCUUUCAAUACAAAGAACAAUUUUUAAAAUGUAGUCUCCAUAUGACUCACGUUGCUGUUUGCAUCUGCAUUGGUUGAGUCAGAAUGCACAUUUUAAAUACAUUCCAAAAGAAUGUCUUACUUGUUGAACUUGUGGACUUUAUUGCACUCCCAACAUGCCAUCGAAAGCACUGUGCACAUUUGGUGUGUAUGUGUGUUUGCAUUCUCUCUCUUUUGACAAAGAUGAGUAAAAAGAAGUAUCCAUUCAGGUCAUUGCUUAUUUAUAUGUUAGUUAUUUGUCACAGUCUCCUAAAUAAACAUUUUUGCUUGAUUGUAAAUAGGGGUCAAAUGCAGAUAUUAAUUUUACAGCACACACGAUUUGUUAUCUAACGUCUUUAUGUACCUUUUUCCUAAUGUGUGCAUGUGCAUGUGGGUGGGGUGGGAUGUUCCUGUGUGUGAAUGAGUAUCAGGUAGAUAUAAAUACUUGUGGUGAUCUCUAUGGGCAGUCCAGCCAAGCCGAUGAAGUAAAAACUAGGCCGCCUAUCAGGUUGGCAAUAUUAAUAUAGCAAAAUGCUGGGCUUUUUGUACAUCUCUGGUCCCACCAUACAGCAAGUGUUUAAUGACUUUAACCCAUCUGACUUUGUAUUCUGAAAGAAAUAAACAAGUCUUUUACAAAUCCACAA